CCAUUCUUGGUAGGUGUUCGACUUCGAGGAACCUUUGGGUAACGUUGUAAGUGGUGGGUCCUUCAGGUCAGGACCUUCCAAGGCUUGGAAGGCUACUAAGCAAAGUUGUGACCACCACACAGUCACGCGAGGCUCAACAGCUUUUUCAUAUAUAUACAGUGGUGGAUCAGAGACUAAUAUGCUAGGGAAGCUGUGAAAAAUUUCUGCGGUUCAUAAAGCGGAAACUUCGAAACCAACCCCGCUGGCUCACAAUGAUUUCUCGGUUUUCCAUCGUUACCCUCGUAUUCUUCAUUAUCUCGAUAAUACUAGUCAUCCAACCCGUCUCAUUUCCCAUACGACUUCCUUAUAUUGGGCGCAGAAGAAUUCCCUUGAACCUUACGACUGCCCCAAUCCUAACAAUUGCACUGUUAUGGGCGGCUCAGUGUUUGGGACCAACACAGAUUCGCGACGGAAUUGUUGGCACCGAUGGCGUUAAACCGUACAACAUUCUCAUUCUAUUCUUCUCUCUUGCGUACAUGGCGAUAACACUGGAUAUAACCGGCGUCCUUCAGGCUGCAGCAUUUUGGGUCAGCAACAAAGGAGGCUCGCACGGAUGGAGAUUAUACUUCUAUUUCUAUAUCAUGCUCACCAUCCUCAGUGUCGUCCUCGGAAAUGAUCCUGUUAUUCUUUCAGGAACGGUUUUCUUGGUAUAUUAUACCAACGCCACUGGCCUCGAACCCACACCUUGGCUUAUGGCCGAGUUUGCUGCUGCGAAUACAGCUAGCAUGGUACUCUUUCUCGGGAAUCCCACCAAUGUCGUUAUAUGUGAAGGCUUUCUGAUAAACAACGUGGCAUUCACAGCUUAUACCAUCCUUCCAUUCCUCGCUUGCAUCGUAACUUCCUUCAUUGCGCUCGCUUUCCAAUUCCGCGGCUCCAAACACAUCCCCAAGAAAAUUCAGCACACUGGCUACUUAAACCCACGAGGUGUUCUUCGCGAUCCUGUCAGCGCUUGGGUUGGCAGUAUUCUCCUUGGCAGUUGUCUCGUUGUCAUCAUCGUUGUCAGUUUCUUCAAGGUGGAUGUCUGGAUGAUCACCCUACCUUUUGCAGUCGCCAAAUUCAUAUGGGACCUUUCUUGGGAUCAUUUCCGAUAUAUCACCGGCCGAAUUCCCCAUGCCUUACAGCCAAAAGAGGGCGAGAUACCCACUGAACAGUCAGAUGACCCGAUGCUCUCAGAGUUUAGGCGUGCGAUGACAUUGACGGAGGUGGUGCCCACAAAACAGGAGACACGUCAAAACACACUCGUUUCUGUCUCUCCUACCCUCAAUGAUUCAUCUGCAAGUGCUCCAAAACUACUCUCCCCAGCGUCCACUACUGGGGAGACCAAACCAGGGAAUCCUGGAAAAGCACAAGCGGAAUCUGACACCACUAAGAACCAGGAGACAAAUCCGGUCCUAUUUCCUACGCUACAACGGCGUAUGCAUUCCAUACAUUCAACCCUAUCCGCACAUUUCCCCACCUUUUUGACCGCUCUUCCCAGACUUCCGUUUGCUCUCGUUCCCUUCGCUUUCUCGCAAUUCAUAUUAAUCGAAGCGUUGGACCACCAAGGAUGGAUAGAUGUUUUUGCACGAUGGUUAGUAAUCGCUUCCAAGGGCCGGAUACAUCCUUGUGUUUGGCUAGUGGGUGUCAUUGGCGUUAUCCUCUGCAAUAUUGCCGGAACAAACAUCGGGGCCACUAUUCUGUUAACAAAAGUCGUUCGUGCGGCUGAACUUUCGCAUGAAAGUACUCGUGCUUCCGGUAUCGCACUCGCUGUGGCGAGUAAUAUCGGUGCCGUGAGCUUUACGUUCUCAGCCAGUCUUGCAGGUUUAUUGUGGAAGGCAAUUUUGGAGCAGAAGGGGAUUAAGAUCAAGCAGACGACGUUUGCAUAUUGGAAUCUGUUACCGAUAUUUGUGAUGACGGGGGUUGGUUUAGGGAUUGUGUCUGCUGAGAUGGCAGUCCUGUAUCGUUAG